GCCUCCGCCCUCGGUUUCCUCCUUCGCAGUUCCCCUCUCCCACCGCGCGCACGGCGGCAGCAGCCAGUCGGCCACCCACCCUCCCCGCGGAGAGCUAAAACCCUAGAGCUCCUCGCGAAGGGGUUCUCACUUGCCCUCGCGAUGCCAACAGCGGAGGAGAAGGGCAAGAGGGCGAGGACCGACGACGCCGAGGAUGAGAGGGGCGAGCACGUCGACGGCGCCAUCCUGCUCUCCAUCGAGAAGCUCCAGGAGGUCCAGGAUGAGAUCGAGAGGGUUAACGAGGAAGCAAGUGACAAAUUUCUGGAGGUGCAACAGAAAUACAAUGAAAUUCGCAAGCCAAUUUAUGUUCGACGCAAUGAAGUUAUCCAGAAAAUUCCGGACUUCUGGCUGACAGCGUUCCUUAGCCAUCCCAUGCUCGGUGAACUUCUGACUGAGGAUGAUCAACAGAUUUUUAAACAUUUGGAGUCUAUAGAUGUUGAUGAGUUUGAGGAUAUUAAAUCGGGCUGCUCUAUUACUCUCACAUUUUCUUCCAAUCCGUAUUUUGAAGAUAAAAAGCUUACAAAGACGUAUUCCAUGAGUGAUGAUGGAGCAAUCUCAGUAAAGGCUACAUCCAUUAAAUGGAAGGCGGGAAUGGAUAUUGUCAAUGGAAAGACAUGCACCAAGAAGGGGGACAAGCGACUACUGGUUGAUGAAAGUUUCUUCACUUGGUUCAGUGAUACAAAGAACAAAAGUUUUGCUCACGGUGAGAUGGAUGAGGUGGCAGAUGUCAUCAAAGAAGACUUGUGGCCUAAUCCUUUGAAGUUUUUCAACAAUGAUCUUGAAGACGAAUUUGAACAAGAGGAUUAUGUUGAAGAGGGAUUUGGUGAGGAGGAAGCCGAAGAUGAAGGAGGGGAGGAUGGAGAGAACUGAGCCUGAUCGGCAUUGAUAACUUAUGUCUGCAGAAUGAGGAGACCGGGCCUCUGAAGGGCUGAUGAAACAAGGCGUCCCCUUUUGCGGUGUUCUGGUGCUCGACUUAGUUGGAGUUUUAGGAGCUAUUUUUCAGAACUUUAGUUUAUCGAGAAGCAACUCAUGGAUUUGCUGUUCAACAGAUUUCUGUAUGUGCAAUCCAAUGUACCGCGGAAGUACUAUUUAGGCUGCUGACUGUUUGUUCUUUGUUGUGCUCAAUCUUACGAGUUACAGCUUGUCCUGCAACCUUCUCAUGGGCAUGCGCCCAUGUCUAGUACUUGUACAGUGU